UAAAAAGAUCUCCAGUUGCUGUUUUUUUUUAAAAUCUCAUUCAGUAAAAUGGCAACUUUUUCACAAUCCACCAUUGACAAGGGAUCUGACAUGGUCCAAGACUUCUUGUGCUCGACCUGUGAAGACAAGAAAUUGGAUUCAAUGGCUGAUUUCUACUGUGAAUCGUGCGUUAAGUUUUACUGUGAAAAUUGUAUAAAUAUGCACCGCAAGUUGUUUACAAAACAUGCCCCCUUUGGAAGGGGAGAUAUGAAUAAAUGGCCAGUGACCAAGAAGGUUGAAGAAUUUCUUCUGAAGUGUGAUGUUCAUAAAGGAGAACACCUUAACAAGUUUUGUUCUGAACACAGUGAGCUGAUCUGCGCAAAUUGCGCAUUCCUUAAUCACAGACACUGCCAAAAGGUAACUCUUAUAUCCGACAUUGUAAAAAGUCAGUGUACAGACCUUCAACAUCUGGCAGUUUCUAUCCAAACUAUUCUGAAAGAAAUUAAGAAACUUCAAGACAACAAGGAGGCUAGCAUUCAGUAUGUGGAAAGUUCAUAUGAUAAGCAGUUACGCAAAAUACAGGAAACUCGCAGAGACAUAAAUGCAACCUUAGACAUGAUUGAACAGAAGACAUUGACGGAAAUGAAAGAUACUCUUACCAAAUUACAAGUCUCUUCAAAAAGCGAUGUUGACAAAUGCAUCAGGCUUAGGGAUGAAUUAAAACAACUUCAAGAUGCCAUACAGGACAUCAGUGAUAAAAGCAAGCUGGAACUAUCCUUUAUAGCGACCCAAAAAUGCAAGGACAAAAUAGAACAGUCCACCACUUUUCUGAAGAAGAACCCACUUCAGAUCAAAGGCUCAAAAACAUUUCAGCUUAACAGUAAAAUUAAACAGUACUUGUCCAAACUGUCAGGUCUUGGGAGGAUUAAACACAGUACCCAGCCAUCGAUGGCACAAGAGAAUCCAAACAAGGAACCUAUGGUUGAGCUGGUUCCCAACUCAGAAAACACCGUAACGAAGGAACCGGUAUCAGCUUGUGCCCAGCUUCGAAAUGUUGUGAUUGUUAAAGCAGGCGAGAAAAAUAGACCAGCCUCUGAGCAGACUUCAAGGUAUUUUUUUAGGACUGUGGACUUUGCACCUGAGUUUGCUAACCAGCUAGUUGCCGAAGCCGUGAAUGCUGCCGGUCAGGCUUUCAUUACUGCAAAAUCAGUCUUCAAAACAUGGCAGGACAAACAGGAGGCCAAUACACAAGAGAUGGCAAUGAAAUCCGACGAAAAUUCAAAGCAACCACCGAAGGGCUGGAAACCUGCUGGUACCCAAUAUGUCGCUCCAGAUGAAAGCGGUUACAUCCCUCAAAAGUCUGAUUGGACCCCGCGUAAGCGGGAUUUUAAGCCGCCGAAAUCAGACUGCAAACCUGCUAAACCCGAAUACAAACCGCCGAAGUUGGAAUGCAAGCCUCCAGAAGAAAACCAGGCUGCGGCCCCCAAGAACCAAUGGACUUCCCCGACCGCAGACAGACCGAUGGCUCGGCUGAUGGAGAUGGGGUUCUUCGACACGGCUCUGAAUCAGCGUCUGCUUGUAAAGUUCGACAACAACAUUCAGAAAGUUGUGCAGGAGCUUCUGACCUUGAAGAACAAGGAUUGGUCGCAGUAGUCGGUAGGGAAAUACUUGAAAUGUGAUACUGGUGUGAUUUGAAUAUUUUAUAGAACAUUGUCUGUUGUUGACUAUUAUUGAUAUUGUUGCAUGUUUUGAUUGAUUUGGUAAUUAAUUGUACGUCUAUAU